UCACCUUCAGCCCCAAAAAGCAACAAUGGCGCACUACCAGUCAACGCCGGAUAUCUACAUCGUUGACCACGAGUUGCCCUACGACAGCCACAACACAUACGACGUCGUCUUCUUCUCCGAUUCCGUCCACACAACCGUCACCCAGGACCCCACCAUCGCCACCCAGUGGAUCUCCGACGUCGAGUCCCUCCACCGCCGCCGCCUCAGCACCCUCAUCGUAGGCCUCGACGUCGAGUGGCGCCCCUCCUUCAGCCGCAACAUAACCAACCCAGCCGCCACGCUCCAGCUCUGCGUCGGCCGCCGCUGCCUGAUCUUCCAGCUCAUCCACGCGCCGUCGAUCCCCUCCGCCCUAAUAGGCUUCCUCGCGAACCCUAACUACACCUUCGUCGGCAUCGGGAUCAAAGCCGACAUCGAGAAGCUGGAGGAGGACUACGAGUUCGGAUUCAACACGAACACGGUCGAUUUGAGGAACACCGCGGCGGCGGCGUACGGGAGGAGGGAAUUGCUGAACUCGGGGCUGAAAUCGCUAGCCCUAACCGUGCUGGGGAGAGAAUUGGAGAAGCCGAAGCGAGUGACGAUGAGCCGAUGGGAUAAUCAAUGGCUCACGCCGCCGCAGGUUCAGUACGCCUGCAUUGAUGCUUUCGUCUGCUUCGAAAUCGGAAGGAUUUUGAAUGCUUCUUCUUCUAUUGCUACCUCCACACCUGUAUCUGCAUCUGCUUCUUUCUGAAAAUUCAAAGGUUAGAUUUUUACCAGUAUUCUUGAAACUUGAAAGGUUUGACUUUUGUUGACUUCUCGAACACUUGCUCUAUUUUGUGAAUAGACGAUGAUUUCGUCGUUUGGAUUUCGUUUACUGAACUGUUUUGGAGUAUGCCUUAGUUAGUGUGUGUGUGUGUGUGAAGAUGCUAAUUGAUCUCUAGAUACUUGGUGAAUUCGAAUCGAAUGUUCUUUUAAGCCCCCGUUUUGUUAUGAAUCUUUGUCGUUUUUCGUUAA